AAAAAAACUCUAAGUCGUUACCCCGUCAUGUCUGACAAGGUUAAAUAAAAGUGCUUCCAGGAGGGUAGCAUUUUCAUGCUGGCCCCCCUUCUCUGUGUACGCACAGGUCCCAUGUCUGCGACGUCACAGGUUGGGGGAGCUUUGUUUUGUGCCCUCCUCUCUUGCGGCCAACACAAGUUGAAGGAUCCAGCCAGGGGACGGGACGCUCUCUUCCUCCCGUAUGGUGGACAUCCUGUUCCAUCCCUCUUUCUUGGAUGAUAUGGGGGAUCUUUCCAAAAAGAAAUCAGGAAUUGCAAUGUGCGUGGGCUGCGGGAGCCCGAUACAAGACCAGUACAUCAUGAGGGUGUCCCCGGACCUGGAGUGGCACGCAGCCUGCCUCAAGUGCGCGGAGUGCAGCCAGUACCUGGACGAGAGCUGCACUUGCUUCGUCCGAGAAGGAAAGACUUAUUGUAAAAGAGAUUAUGUCAGGUUAUUUGGGAUAAAAUGUGCAAAAUGCAAGACGGGCUUCUGCAGCAGUGACUUGGUGAUGAGAGCCCGGCAAAGUGUGUAUCACAUGGAGUGUUUUCGGUGCUCCGUGUGCAGUCGACACCUCCUGCCCGGGGACGAGUUUUCGGUGCGGGAUGACGAGCUACUGUGUCGAGCCGACCAUGCACUGUUGCUGGAUAGAACCUCCGCCGAUAGCCCGCUGAGCCCCGGGAACAUUCACUCCAGACCCCCGCACAUCUCUGACCCAGUCUCCGUUCGGCACCCACCUCAUCACCGGAACCACGUUCACAAGCAGUCCGAGAAGACCACCCGGGUCCGGACGGUGCUGAACGAGAAGCAGCUCCACACGUUGCGGACUUGCUACAACGCCAACCCGAGGCCUGACGCCCUGAUGAAGGAGCAGCUGGUGGAGAUGACCGGCCUGAGCCCCAGAGUGAUCCGGGUCUGGUUCCAGAACAAACGCUGCAAAGACAAGAAGAAGUCCAUUCUGAUGAAGCAGCUGCAGCAGCAGCAACACUGCGACAAAACGAACCUGCAGGGCCUGACAGGAACGCCGCUGGUGGCAGGCAGUCCCAUCCGCCACGACAGCACUGUGCAGGGAAACUCCGUGGAGGUGCAAACCUACCAACCACCAUGGAAGAGCCUCAGUGACUUCGCCCUGCAGAGCGACCUGGACCAGCCCACCUUCCAACAACUGAUGUCUUUUUCCGAGUCGGGCUCGUUGGGGAACUCUUCGGCCAGUGACGUCACCUCACUGUCGUCUCAGCUUCCGGAUACGCCGAACAGCAUGGUACCGAGUCCGGUGGACACGUGAGGAGCUCGGUCACGGGACGCCAAAUACACAAUUAAAGACUUCAUCGAGAACAAAACAAUCAUAAAAUGCUGCUGCUGGAUUUACUCAAGAGGAUACUCAACCAUCCCUACUUUUUGGGGGUACUCAAGGGCACUACGGAAGCGGAUACGCCUUAUGGGACUCGAACGUGUGGACAAACAUUAAUCAGAGUAUCUCAGAGGAAGCCAGUAUACAACAAGGUGUGGAUGUGCACGGCGUCGCUCUGUUAUCUGCGCGGAGAAAUAAGUUAUUAUUAUUUAUUGUUAUUACCACAAUCUUACCAAUAAAACGAUGGUCCAAGUCAUUG